AUGCUGAUGGGUGAGGUGGUUGGGGUUGGCCUCAGCUACAACAAUAGGAAAAAGAGAUUCUGGAACUUGGUUUUUUAUUGCUCUGCUGGGAAUGCUCAUUGCCAGACUUCAUCUAUCGAUGCUUAUUGUUCAUUUUGUAGUCUAGGGUGCACCGUUAUAAUGUUUAUGGCAUCAUAUGAGAACUAUCCUAGUGGUUAUGCACUAAAAGAUUUGCAUCGGAUGGGCUAUGCCGCAAACAAUUCAAAUGAACAGUGGGUCCACAUAGACUCCUUCUCAGCGAUGAAUGGAAUUUCUCGCUUUUGUGAAAAUGAUUUCCCAUGGAGGUAUACUUGAUUCGACUUAUUUGUAUCGUCUCUUAAAUUCCAUGAUGGUCUUUAUCUAUUUCAGUGACUGGUUUCUUAGGAUAGUUUGAUCUAUAGCAAAAUAGUGGAUCGUCCCUUGGGUGUAAGUACCAAGUCGUAAAUAGUCAUGGUGAUAUAUUUUAUUUAUCUUGGACGUUAUACACGAUUUGUUGGAAAAACUGAUAGAUUUUUUUUUUUGAUAAGUAGAAAAACUGAUCGAUUUUACAAUUUAUGUUGUAACAUUUCCUCUGCAGGUGGAGUUGUUGGCUUGUUUUUGCAUUCCCUUUGUCCCUAGAUUUACUUGGGAGUUGUAUGUUGUGUUUUAAUCUUUGAAGUGUGCUCUGAGGAAAGACUGUUACUUGUAACUUUUAGAGUCGUAUAUUAUUUAGAUUUGAUGGCUGAUUAAGUUGGUUUUACUUUUAUAGGGUAAAUGGUUUUGGUAUCUCCUUCACAAAAUGGAGUUCCUAGUCAUGUGAAAAAAUAGAUGCCCUUGGUUGUUAUGUGCACUGCUCUUAGUACUAUAUCCCAUGAGAUAAUUGGGCAUGU